CAGUGGUCCACUCAUCCGGUUACAGCGGCAGCGGCAGCGGCAGCAGCCUGAGCACGAACAGCGAUAGCUCCGGGUUUCCAGACGGGAACUGUGGCCACGGCAACAGCUCAGUGGGGGGCACCUGUGCGAAGCAGGAGUAGCAGGGCGAGGGGGUGGGGUUCUUGCCAGCCACUCUCUGAGCCCGAAGGAAGGGGCACCUCCCAGCUGAGAUUCCAGUGCUCAGCAGAAUCUCUCACCGAACUGGGAAUACUGGUGGGGACAGACAUGUGCUGGACCAGCUAGAGGGCUGGGGUAGGUAAACAUUAGGUCCAAGCGUAGAGUGGCAGUGAAGCUGUGUCUGGGACCAUGACGGCCUCACACCUGGACUUUGGGGAAGUGGAAACUUUCCUGGACAGACACCCAGAGUUAUUUGAAGAUUACCUGAUGAGGAAGGGGAAGCAGGAGAUGGUGGAGAAGUGGCUGCAGAGACACAGUGAGAGUCAGGGGGCUGUAGGCCCGAGGCCCGCAGUGGCCAGCACCAACAGCUUGGCUCACAGCGGUGGCAGACGCAGCGGCAGUGUUGGUGGUGGCCCUAGACCAAAUAGCUCUGCCAACAGCCAGCCCACUCUGGGCGGCGGGGACUGUGGUGGGGUUCCCCUGAGUCCCAGCUGGGCCAGUGGCAACGGGGGCGACGGGAGCCUGCAGCGGAGAGCUUCUCAGAAAGAGCUAAGGAAGAGUUUUGCUCGCUCCAAGGCCAUCCACGUGAACAGGACCUACGAUGAACAGGUGACCUCCCGGGCCCAGGAGCCCCUGAGCAGUGUGCGGCGGAGGGCACUUCUCCGGAAGGCCAGCUCCCUGCCCCCCACCACAGCCCACAUUCUCAGUGCCCUGCUGGAAUCCAGGGUGAAUCUGCCUCAGUACCCCCCUACGGCCAUGGACUACAAGUGCCACCUCAAAAAGCAUAAUGAGCGUCAGUUCUUCCUGGAACUGGUCAAGGAUAUCUCCAAUGACCUUGACCUUACCAGCCUGAGCUACAAGAUCCUCAUCUUUGUCUGCCUCAUGGUGGACGCUGACCGCUGCUCUCUCUUCCUGGUGGAAGGGGCAGCUGCUGGCAAGAAGAGCUUGGUCUCCAAAUUCUUUGAUGUGCAUGCAGGAACCCCACUGCUGCCCUGCAGCAGCACAGAGAACUCAAACGAAGUGCAGGUCCCCUGGGGCAAAGGCAUUAUUGGCUAUGUCGGGGAGCAUGGAGAAACGGUCAACAUUCCUGAUGCCUACCAGGAUCGAAGAUUCAAUGAUGAAAUUGAUAAACUAACUGGAUACAAGACAAAAUCACUCUUGUGCAUGCCUAUCCGAAGCAGCGAUGGUGAGAUUAUUGGUGUGGCCCAGGCGAUAAAUAAGAUUCCUGAAGGUGCUCCAUUUACAGAAGAUGAUGAAAAAGUUAUGCAGAUGUAUCUUCCAUUUUGUGGAAUUGCCAUAUCUAAUGCUCAGCUAUUUGCUGCCUCAAGGAAAGAGUAUGAAAGAAGCAGGGCUUUGCUAGAGGUUGUUAAUGACCUAUUUGAAGAACAGACUGACCUGGAGAAAAUUGUCAAGAAAAUAAUGCAUCGGGCCCAAACUCUGUUGAAAUGUGAACGCUGUUCUGUUUUACUCCUGGAGGACAUUGAAUCACCAGUGGUGAAGUUUACCAAAUCCUUUGAACUGAUGUCCCCAAAGUGCAGCGCUGAUGCUGAGAACAGUUUCAAAGAGAGCAUGGAGAAAUCCUCAUAUUCCGACUGGCUUAUAAAUAACAGUGUUGCCGAGCUAGUGGCUUCCACAGGCCUCCCGGUGAACAUCAGCGAUGCCUACCAGGAUCCUCGCUUUGAUGCCGAGGCUGACCAGAUAUCUGGGUUUCACAUAAGAUCUGUUCUCUGUGUCCCUAUUUGGAAUAGCAACCACCAAAUAAUUGGAGUGGCUCAGGUGUUAAAUAGACUUGAUGGGAAAGCUUUUGAUGACGCAGAUCAACGACUUUUUGAGGCUUUUGUCAUCUUCUGUGGCCUUGGCAUCAACAACACAAUUAUGUACGAUCAAGUGAAGAAGUCCUGGGCCAAACAGUCUGUGGCUCUUGAUGUGCUGUCAUACCAUGCAACAUGUUCAAAAGCUGAAGUUGACAAGUUUAAGGCAGCCAACAUCCCUCUGGUGUCAGAACUUGCCAUCGAUGACAUACAUUUUGAUGACUUUUCUCUUGAUGUUGACGCCAUGAUCACAGCUGCCCUGCGGAUGUUCAUGGAGCUGGGGAUGGUACAGAAAUUUAAAAUUGACUAUGAGACACUAUGUAGGUGGCUCUUGACAGUGAGGAAAAAUUAUCGAAUGGUUCUGUACCACAACUGGAGACACGCCUUCAAUGUGUGCCAGCUGAUGUUUGCAAUGUUAACAACCGCAGGGUUUCAAGAGAUUCUGACCGAGGUGGAAAUUUUAGCGGUGAUUGUGGGAUGCCUGUGUCAUGACCUUGACCACAGGGGAACCAACAAUGCCUUCCAAGCUAAGAGCGGCUCUGCCCUGGCCCAACUGUAUGGAACUUCUGCUACCCUGGAGCAUCACCAUUUUAACCAUGCUGUGAUGAUCCUUCAAAGUGAGGGUCACAACAUCUUUGCUAAUUUGUCCUCCAAGGAAUAUAGUGACCUUAUGCAGCUUUUGAAGCAGUCAAUAUUAGCAACAGACCUCACGCUGUACUUUGAGAGGAGAACUGAAUUCUUUGAACUUGUCAGUAAAGGAGAAUAUGAUUGGAACAUCAAAAACCAUCGUGAUAUAUUUCGAUCAAUGUUAAUGACAGCCUGUGACCUUGGAGCCGUGACCAAACCAUGGGAGAUCUCCAGACAGGCAAAAUAUACUCAUCCUGUCCCCAAGGGAGAUGACCCAAAUGUCCCAAGAAUCAUGGUACCAAGCUCAAGUCCAGGAUCUCUGGGUGAUCUAUGCCAGUCUCCACAUCAGGUGGCUGAACUUGUAACCAGUGAGUUCUUUGAACAAGGAGAUCGGGAGAGAUCAGAACUCAAACUCACUCCUUCAGCUAUCUUUGACCGGAACCGGAAAGAUGAACUGCCUCGGUUACAAUUGGAGUGGAUUGAUAGCAUCUGUAUGCCUUUGUAUCAGGCGUUGGUGAAGGUCAACGUGAAACUGAAGCCCAUGCUGGACUCGGUGGCAGCGAACAGAAGUAAGUGGGAAGAGCUGCACCAGAAAAGGCUGCUGGUGCCGGCCUCCUCGCCCUCGUCUGCCAGCCUCGUGGCCGCUGGGGAAGACAGAAACUAACCCUCCAGCUUAGCUGCCGCUGCAAAAUGACUGCAUCCUGAAGGGCCAGCUUCGGGCCAGCCCACGUCAUCCUUUUGUUCCUUUAAGCUCUGGCAGAGUCUCUUGGUUUGCACCGGGAAGCACGCCUGGGCUUCCACUUUAAGUGUGGUCUGCGGAGGAGAGUGCGAAGGGAAGGACAGAGGAGGUGGGGAGGGAGCCCGGCCUGGGGCGCUCAGCUUCCCCUGAUGAGCACACGAGAGCACACGUGGGACAGGUGCUGGGCAGAGGAACCUGCACCAGAGGACAGCCGGCCCUGCUCAUGCCGAGCCCAGUGGCCGACGGAGCCCAGAGCAGGGAACACGCCAUUAGCGCUGCUUCACUUUGUAUCCAGCUCUUCUAUUUGUUACAAGCCAAGCAAUGCCUGCCUUUGCAUCCUCUCCUGAGUGCCCUUUUGUGCCACACUGUUCCAAGAAGCCCCAGUUUGUAUCCUGUAGAGGUACUUUAUUUUUGUCCUAAAGCUUCUUAAUGAUGGAUUAGAGCCUUUAGAAUUGCCUACCUAAAAAAUAAACCAUAGCAUCCUUACAAAUA